UGUGCAGCAGGAGACCGAGGCAGGCUCCUGUCCCUCGCAGUCCCAGCCAUCCCAAAACAAAAUCCUGAGAUGGGCAACAGUCUGAAAGCCAUACUUGCUUUUGUGCCCUCUAACAAGUGCCAGAAGUACCUUAUAGAAGACCUAGAAGAGAUGCCUGCGGAUAAAAUGGUUGAUCUGAGCGGCAGGCAGAUGAGGCGGCUGCCUGUGCACAUUUGCUCUUUUAGGGAACUGGUUAAGCUGUACCUGAGUGACAACAACUUGAACCAUCUUCCCCCUGAGCUGGAACAGCUGCAAAACCUGCAGAUCUUGGCACUGGACUUCAACAACUUCAAAGCAUUGCCCCUAGUUGUGUGCACACUGAAGCAGCUGUGCAUCCUCUACCUGGGCAACAACAAGCUCUGCAGCCUGCCCCUCGAGCUCCGACUCCUGCAGAAUCUCAAGACUCUCUGGAUCGAGUCCAACUGCCUGCAGUACCUGCCAGAAGUGGUGUGUGAGCUCAGCCUGCUCAAGACCCUGCAUGCCGGCUCCAACGCCCUGCGCACCCUCCCUCCCCAGCUGCAGUGCCUGCAGGAGCUUCGCACCAUCUGGCUGUCAGGAAACCUGCUGUCCGAGUUCCCUCCCGUGCUCCUGGACAUGCCUUUCCUGGAGGUGAUCGACGUGGAUCGCAACUCCAUCCAGUUCUUCCCCAGCCUUGCUCACCUCCCUGGACUGAAGCUGGUGAUCUAUGACCACAACCCCUGCAGGAAUGCACCCAAAGUGGCCAAAGGGGUGCGCAGGGUGGGCAGAUGGUCAGAAGAGACCCCUGAGCCCCGCAAGCGAUCCGGAGCGGUGAUAGAAAUCACGCUCGAUGAGAAACCAUUGCUACCUCCUGCUGCCAAGACCGAGCCAGAAGCCGAGCCCUGCUGACGCUGAACUGCCCCUUUUGGCCAAGGUGGCAGCGCACUCCCACCACUGCCAGCUUCUACCUCUCCCUUGCUUGCUGGUGUCCGAGGAGCACCAUACCACCUGGCAGUCAUCAGGAGUACGUGCACCAGCUUGAAGACAGUGUGACAGCAAAACUCUUGUACAGACAACCAUCUUUGUGCAGCACUCGGCACUCUCCCUAGAACACACUUCUUCCCUCUCCCACUCCUCCCACACUGGGACCACGGACAACUCACAAGAGAUGAAGACUCAGUUCAGGUGUUUGCCAUGGGUGGAUUGCAUGGAGCACAUAUGGACUCGCCGCUCCUCACCUGUGGGCUUACUCUUCUCCCUUCCACCUUGCUGAGGUGUCCCAGCUCAGCUGGAAGCUACCAUUCAAGGUGAUCACUGCUGAGACCCACAGCUCUAAAGCAACUCACAGCAUUGGUCUCAAAUUACUUACCUGAAACACAGCAACACCUUGCAGGUUUCCGUCUGCUGAGUGGGAAGCAGUAGCAAAGUCCUGGCUGCACUAUCAAGGAAACAGCACAUACGCACAGGGGGCUCUCCUCUUUCUUCCUGCAAAAUUUGUGACAACUGCUUCGUUACUGCCAAGCAGAAUUUAAAUGAUGGUGAGGAAAGCUAUAGGCUUUGCUGCUGCGUUUUGUUACUGGCAACACUGCCUCUAAGGGCAGCUGUACAGGACAAGUUCUCAUGCAGGAGCAAAGAAGAAAAUCAAAGCCUGACUAAAAAGGAAAAGUCACUAAGAGCUGCAAAGACAACAACUGGAGAAUUUUUUUCAUUUAAAAAGCACAAGUCUGCUGGGAAGCAUUAACUACCUGACCAUUCUGUUCACUGUUUCUGUGACAGCAGUGCAAACUUGCAUGUGUUGACUGGAAAGGUGAUGCCAAGUGUUACUAUGCUCUUGAAUUUUCUUGGGAGAAAGGUUUUCCCAAAUUUAAAUUGCAGAAAGUAAAUUUUUUCUCAAAUUGACAGCCUGUUAGCACAACUGUAUUAGUAUUUCUUGUGACACUCUUAUUUCCUACUAAGAUGCAAUCUCCAGUUCAAGUCUAGAAACUUGUAGAUAGUACUGGAGUAUGGAUACACCUAA